AUGGUUCAACAACCGACGGCUGGCGAGUCCGCUGGCCCUGUGGUCAAGGGCGUCAUUCCUACAGCCAAGCAGGCCUUCGCUGAUCUCUUCAUCUGGAAGCAGCGCGUCGUCAUCACAAACGAACAUGGUGAAGAGACAACUGAAUGGAGGGACCCAGACCCUAUCAAGAACCCCAUCAGUCUCAUGGCUCAACUGUCAGGCAAGGACUGGAUCUUCUUCCUUGUAGGCUUCUGCGCCUGGACAGCUGAUGCCUUUGACUUUCACGCCUUAUCGAUCCAGACCAAGAAGUUGUCUCUUUACUAUGACACCAGCAAAACUGCCAUCACAACCGCCAUCACCCUAACCCUUCUUCUCCGCUCUGUUGGUGCUGCUAUGUUUGGUCUCGCUGGUGACAAGUGGGGACGCAAGUGGCCCAUGGUCUUCAACAUGAUCAUCCUUGGUGUUUUGCAAAUCGCCACCAUUUACAGUACCACCUUCAACCAGUUCCUUGCUGUGCGAAGUCUUUUUGGUCUGUUCAUGGGUGGUGUUUAUGGCAAUGCUAUUGCCAUGGCUCUCGAGUCGUGUCCCUCCAACGCCCGAGGCUUGAUGUCCGGCAUUCUUCAGCAGGGGUACUCAUUCGGCUACGUCUUGGCUGCAUGCGCCAACCUUGGCGUUGGAGGUAGUACCGAGAGCUGGAAGACUGUCUUUUGGAUCGCUGCUGGAAUUUCCAUCGCCGUCGGUAUCGUCCGUAUCUUCUUCCCCGAGUCUCAACAGUUCCUCGAAGCCCGCGCCAAAGGAAAGCAGUCCGCCUCACCUGGUGCUUUCUGGCAAGAUUGCAAAAAGAUGCUUCUCGCUGAGUGGAAGAUGUGUGUUUACUGCUGCUUCCUCAUGACCUGGUUCAACUACUACUCCCACACUUCCCAAGACUCAUACACUACCUUCAUGCUUGAACAGAAGGAAUUCGACAACAAGGCUGCUUCUCGUGCUUCUAUUCUCAUGAAGACUGGUGCUUGCGUUGGUGGUACAAUCAUUGGUUACUUGAGUCAAUUCGUUGGUCGUCGACGUGCUAUUUGUUGCUCGGCCUUCAUGUCUGCUCUUCUCAUCCCAGCCUGGAUCCUGCCCACCACUGAAGGUGGCCUAAGUGCGAGUGGCUUCAUGAUUCAGUUCUUCAUCCAAGGCGCGUGGGGUGUCAUCCCUAUCCAUCUCAACGAACUGUCUCCCCCUGCCUUCAGAUCCUCAUUCCCAGGGGUAACUUACCAAAUUGGCAAUAUGAUCAGCAGCCCAAGUGCACGCAAGUUUCCCUACGUCCCAUUGAAUCCAAAAAAAAAAAAAAUGCUAAUAUGCUGUACAGAAAUUGUCAAUGCUGUCGCGGAAAAGACAUUUGUCACUCUCAAGAAUGGCGACAAGGUCGAGGCAUACGGACCUGUAAUGGGCGUUGCCACAGCUAUCAUUGCUCUUGGUAUCAUCUUCACCACUAUGUUUGGUCCGGAGAAGCGUGGACGUGCUUUUGAGCAUGCGGUAGCUGGUGUCCAUAACGACGAGCUUCCUCAACAUCAAAAGAAGGAUAUCGAGACUGCAAGUGUGGAACAGGUUGAGCUGGAAGACAAGAAGAAAGCCAAGGAAGAGGUUUGA